CAAUGAAACUCAGUGUUUUCAUUCUGCUGCUCCUCUCGGGGACUGUGUCGGCUUCCACUUAUGAAAACGUGGCCCUGCGUGGAAAAGCAACCCAGUCAGAGCGUUACGAGCACAUGUUUGGAGCUGCCUACAACGCCAUUGAUGGAAACCGUGAAUCUACGUUCUCAGCCGGAUCAUGCACCCACACUGCUGAACGGACCAACCCCUGGUGGAGAGUGGACCUGCUGGAGUCCUACAUCAUCACCUCCAUCACCAUCAUAAACAGAAAAGACUGCUGUGAACAUAGGAUCAAUGGGCUUCAGAUCCAUGUAGGAAACUCUUUACAAGACGACGGUUUAGCAAAUCCAGUAGUUGGUACAGUUUCUGUAAUUGCUGCAGGCAAAUCAUUCACUCAGUCAUUCACUGAUCGUGUGGAGGGACGUUAUGUGACUUUGAGUCUACCAGGUUCAGGAAGGAUCCUUACACUCUGCGAAGUGGAAGUGUACGGGUACCGUGCCCCAACUGGAGAGAACCUGGCAGUCCAAGGAAAAGCCACACAGUCCUCACUGUAUACAUUUGGCAUUGCUUAUAAUGCCAUAGAUGGGAAUCAUGCCAGUGACUGGGACGUGGGUUCUUGCACACACACAAAAAAUGACAUCAACGCCUGGUGGAGACUAGACCUGGGAAAAACCCAUAAAGUGUUCUCUGUUAAGAUAAGAAACAGAGUUUCAGACUCAGAACGACUCAAUGGAGCUGAGAUCCGCAUCGGAAAUUCUCUUGCAAACAAUGGCAACAACAAUACCAGGUGUGCUGUGAUCACAAGCAUCCAGGCAGGUGCUGUUGCUGAAUUCCAGUGUGAUGGGGGGAUGGACGGCCGCUACGUUAACGUCGUCAUCCCUGACAGAGAAGAGUUCCUGAGUCUGUGUGAGGUGGAGGUGUAUGGCUCCAGGCUGGAUUAGAUCUCAACAUGCAUAACAAUAACAUUUUGCUCUUACAUAUACUCGCAGCUUAAUCUUCCUCAUGGAGCCAUUAUUUCCUAGUACACACAGUGACUGCAUUUUAGGAUUUUUUUUAGCAAAAAGCUAAAUUUUUGCAGUUCAGCGGUUCACUGUUCAGCUCAAACACUGAGGUAUUCUGGUUUGUGACAUCAGUGAAUAACUACAUGUUCAGCCUGUCUACAUUAUGUUUGAUACUGUGUCAGUCUUCAGUGCUGAAACACAAUUAAAUCAUGUUUAAAAUCUU